CAGGAAGUUAUUUCCAGGUUUUUUGUCACAUUCGCACCUUUAGACAUGUGAACAGUUCUUGGUAUAUUUCUUAAAGUGAUCUCUAUUUGCCAAGUAUGUUUUUGUCACAAUGUGCUCUAUGUUAAUGUUGCCAUUGUUACAUCAACAACAAUGAUGCAAAUAUUGACAAUGGCAGAAAAGUCCCACAAAUCAGAAACAGGCAUGUGCGUCACUGAGGCACUUGAGGAUGUGAAGUACCCUGCAUGACGUAUUUUAUGCAAAAUGGUUUCAAGUCAACGACCUCUAUCAUCAGUACAGUACCCUAGAGGUUACUCACCUCAAUCUUGUAGUAGAGAGCAUAUUUUUGAGAAGAGUUAUGCAGAAUGAAGGUUAGAACUUGUAAAAGCCUGAAGUGCGUUAAUAGUAGCAAAGUUACAAACAACUAAAGUGACUAUUGCUUUUAUUACCUUUGUUUGCCUGAGGUUUAUACAAUAUUGCGUUCACAUAUAUAAUAGUUUUUCACCACAGUUGAUAUUGCAUCAGCUCUUUUGAUCAUCCAUGCAUCUCAUUUGAAGUCCUUGUACAGUUUGUUGUAUAAAUGAUUGUGAAUUAGAGCAUCAAGGAUCUGAUUGAAGGAAACUGAGCAGAAGUGUACUCCAUGACUGAAAAGCACUUGUGAUAGAUGACAAUGAAGGGCGAGAGAUUUACUCAAUGAGGCUUAGUUGUUCAGUAUUUCCUGCCUGUGAUCUGAGGUCACUUUCUAUUACCUUGACAAUGUACAGGUACUUUAAAUUUCACUUCUCUAAUGUACCGAAAAAGUUCAAAUUUCAAGAUUUUUUUUACAAAGAAAUCUGGCAGUCUGAGGUAGCAUUAAGCAGUACCAUCACAUCAACAAAAGACAAGAGGCUUAGCUGUCAUGUGGUGGCUCUUGAGCAAUCGGAUUAAAAAAACAAGUUGUCCGCAUCCGGUUUGUAAACUGUUUUUUACGUGGGAUUAGUCAGCAUAUUAUUAGUAGCGCUGUGCAUUCCAGCCCAAGAGAAGUGGCAAAGCAGUCGGUGUGUAGUCUGUGCAGAUCUAUGUGCCCAGUCUAGUAUGAUGCAUCCUAUUUGGUGGAAGAGGUCUACAUGGACCAUUUUAGGGAUGCUGUCCAUUUGGCUCCUUAUCAACUUGAGCCUUCUAAAUUACAACUUGGGAAAAGGCACGACUCAGUCACUCACUAUCGCACCAAAGGUAGGGAAUCGCAGAAGUGAUGUUGGAAAACACUCAGAGGUGGAAAAUACAGAUUUUUCUACGAGCGGAACAGAAGCUCAAACAGCAAAGAAGCACAAAGUCCUCAACGUUGAUGCAACAACGGAGCCAAGGGAUCCCCGAGCACCUGGUGCAGGAGGAAGGGCAGUGAGGGACGCCAUGCCGCAGCACCAGGCAGACAUCGAGGCUGGCUGGAAGGCUGCCUCUUUCAACCAGUUCAUCAGCGACCUCAUUCCAUACGAGAGGUCCCUCCCAGACACAAGACCACUAAGAUGUGCUGAGCAGGAGGUGGCAGAUGACUUACCCACGACAAGCAUUAUCAUAUGUUUCUGUGAGGAGUCUUGGUCUACCCUGUUGAGAUCAGUACACAGUGUCAUCAACAGGUCUCCACCACAUCUGGUGGAAGAAAUCCUUCUCAUAGAUGAUGCCAGCACACGAAGCCACCUCAAGCUGAAGCUGGACCAGUACAUGUCAAAGUUUCCCCAAGUCAAAGUCAUCCAUCUAAAAGAGAGAGCUGGACUGAUUCGGGCAAGACUGAAAGGGGCAGAGCUUGCUACGGGAAAGGUUCUGACUUUCCUGGAUUCCCACAUAGAGUGUAACGUUGGAUGGCUGGAACCCCUACUGGACCGUAUCAGAGAGGACAGGACAAGGGUUGUUUGUCCAUCCAUAGACAGGAUAAAUGAAGUGACAUUCGCGUAUGAAGUGGCAAACGAGAAUGUCCGUGGAGGGUUUGACUGGGAGCUGUUCUUCCAGUGGGUUCCCCUCCCAGCAGUCGAAGCCAAGCGCCGUACCCAUAGUAUCUUUCAACAUGAGGUCAUCAGGUCGCCGACCAUGGCAGGUGGCCUGUUCUCCAUAGAUCGGGGGUUCUUCUACGAGCUUGGUGCUUACGACCCAGGGUUCCAAAUAUGGGGUGGGGAGAACCUGGAGCUGUCAUUUAAGAUCUGGAUGUGCGGAGGCAGUCUGGAGAUUGUGCCAUGCUCGCGUGUCGGUCACGUCUUCCGAAAGUCUCAACCCUACAACUACAACAAUGCCAGUAGCAUCAUGGAGGUUGUGCAUCACAACAACGUACGUCUGGCUGAAGUUUGGCUGGACCAGUACAAGAAGAUCUACUACGCCCUGCACCCUGGCAUAGGGAUGGAGCUCGCAAAGAUGGGAGACAUUUCAGAGCGGAAACUGUUGCGGAAAAAUCUUGAUUGCAAGAGUUUCCAGUGGUAUUUGGAAAAUGUCAUCCCAGAACUCCACGUCCCAGACACCAGAGUUCGAGCGCGUGGUGAAAUACGGAAUGGAGGGGGGAUUCCGAUCUGCGUGGACUCCUUUUCAGAGACAGAAAUUGGAGCAUUUGCCUGUCAUGGAAUGGGAAACCAUCAACUCUUUUCAUUGAGGUUGGAUGGUAAGAUCAUGUACAAGUUUGACGACUCGGCUUGUCUAACCUAUGGAGAGAACAGACUCCGCAGACCAGACCAGCUGAAGAUUGCCAAAGGGCCCUGUGACAGGAGAGAGGCCAUAGUGUGGAGUCACAGGCAGUCUGGACCCUUCAUGGAUAAAGCCACAGGAUUGUGCAUGGACAUCACCACUGACUUGCGUGAACUGGUCCUAGUACCAUGUUCAGGGGGAAAGUUUCAAACCUGGUCCUUUGGGAAUUAUUAUGAUGUUGAAGAAGAAAAGCUGUGAUACUUGUUAAGAGCACUCUAAUUUACACGCACUGUAUAUCUUCCUGUAAACUUUGUAGUUCAGGGAGUUAUUACUUAUACAUGUAGGUAGGAUAUUGCACUAGGAAAUUUGUUGGACCAAAUUAUGUUUUCCUAAUAAAAGUAUUUCUGAAUCACUGUUUGUUGGAUAAGAGCCAUGUGCCAGGUGAAAAUAAAUGAAUAAAGAUAAUGAAAAAAUAAGAUAAAAAAGAAAAUGUUAGCUUAGACUGUGGGACAUGCAUUAUCUUACCUCAACUGAGUAAGACAGACCUGUGUUUGAUUUGUUUCAAUGACACCAGCCUCACAAACUGCUGUCAAAAAUCAUGUUUAAUAUUAUGUAUGCUGUCAUAAAGAUCUAACUCAAAAGACAGUCAUUAAAAGUAAUGAAUGUGUCUAUUACUUAUCAGGGUUUACCUCCAUUGAGGGAACCAUUACAUCUUUAACUCCAUGUCAGAAGGAAGGGUGUCUUCUGUACUGCUGUUAUUGAUUGAAUCAGUCAUUUUUAUUGCCUGAGUAUGGCAAAUUAGCAGCUCAUUCAUCAACCUGACACUGAUUAUACCUCCACAAGGCAGCAGACAGCUCUAUAAUGAAGCAAUAAAUGAAACGUAAUGAAGCACAGAAAAGACUGCACUUGGUAAAUUUGAUGGUCGCCAACGUUGGACACGAAAAUUGGACACACCUGCCGGCUUCACACUCAGCUGGGCCCCGGUACGGGAGGGGUCGCGGGAGCACACGUGAAGUAGCGGUGUGACAUUUAGACUCCGCGUCAACAGUUGUUUUGUGGGAUAAUGGUGCAAUGAUAAAGAAAGGUUGUGGCCCGCCCCUCGCUGGAAAUAAAGGGGAUGCUCGGCACUUAACUGUCCGUGCCGCUUGUAAUGCCUGUGACCUCUGACAUAUGACAGGUAGUCCUGUCACACCUUGUCAGCAAACGGCCAUUGGUCCAGGCUUAAACAAAGUCAGGUUCAGCAGAAGAUGACAGAAUAUAGCAAUACUGCUUUAUUAAAGUAUGAUAAGGUGUGAAGGAGAAUCAGUUAUGAGUGCAGUUUCUUUUCUAUGGGUUACUCUUACUUAACCUACAGUGGACUCAUGUCUUGAUGUUUGACUGUUAGGAAAAUAUGCUAUCAUACAUGUAAGUAAUUUAAAGAAAAUUAAAGAUUCUUUAAGCUUUCCAAAUAAAAUUGAUUUUUGUAGUUAUCAUCGGCAAGUUUUGUCCAUUUACUUCUAGAUCAAUA